GUUUUGUCGCCUAGCCAACAACUGGAGGCAACAUCGAAGCUCCCCUCUUAAGUUGUGGUAGCGGCUCUCAAGCCUCCUGCCGCCGGAGAUAAUGGCGAAGAUUCAAGCGCACAGCACCGCCAAGCAAAUAAACCAAAUUCAAGACAAGCCUUACGUUAUAACACAAAAGCAAGUGCAGCAGCAGCACUUCCAGAAGCUGAAGGUUGAAGAUGCCUUGUCGUACUUGGAUCAAGUCAAAAUUCGUUUUGCAAAUGAUCCUGGUAUAUACAACAAGUUUCUCGACAUCAUGAAAGAGUUCAAGUCACAAAGUAUCGACACACCUGGGGUCAUAAACCGUGUGUCCCAGCUAUUUCAUGGACACCCAGACCUGGUCUUGGGCUUUAAUGCCUUUCUGCCACCCGGUUAUCGGAUAGAGGUUCCCAAGAAUGGGAUGGCCUUCCUUCAGUCUCCCUUCUCCACACAGGUAUCCCCAGGACAGCAGGGGAAGAGCCUGACCACCACUCCAGUAGCUGCAACCUCAGGCCCUGUUCCUGCUGUUCACACUGAAGCAGGACCAGUCCAGACCAGUGAAGUUAAGGCAGUCUCAUCAGAGUCCCUAUCCUCACCCUCAACAGGACCUCCAGAACCACCCAGCAAACUUUCUCUCCCCUUGACUACCAGAGAAAGCCAGAAUCAAGCCACCACCUCAUCCGUAUCCCCACCUGCUUCAGAGACGAGCCCCGUCGAAUUUGACAGUGCCAUCAGUUAUGUAAACAAGAUUAAAAACCGUUUCCUGGACCACCCAGAGAUUUACAGAGCCUUCCUAGAAAUUCUUCACACAUACCAGAAAGAGCAGCUGGAGGUGAAGGAGAGUCGUGGUAGCCGAAGCAGUAGUGGGAUGACCGAAGAUGAGGUGUUUUCCAAAGUUGCCAAUCUCUUCAAGGGACAGGAGGACCUACUUGCUGAGUUUGGACAGUUUUUGCCUGAUGCCAAGCGGUCACUGUUUACAGGGAGUUCGCUGACGGGGGGGAAGGAGCAGGUGAAAAAAUUGGAGGAAGAAGACCCGAUUACCAAACAGAACAAAAAGAGGCCCAGGCCAUUACUCAUGCACAUGUCCCCACUGCUGAAGAAAAAAAUGAGGUAUACCUGCACCAAAGAUCAGUCCUUUGCUUCUGUUGGGAAACAUGGUGUCUUAAGAGAAUUCUCCUUCUUUGAUAAGGUUCGUCGCCUGUUUAAAAGUCAAGAAGUGUACGAGAACUUCCUACGAUGCAUCGCCCUGUUCAACCAGGAAGUAGUUUCUGGAGCAGAGCUGCUGCAGCUGGUCACACCUUUCCUGGGGAAGUUUCCUGAGCUGUACACACAGUUCAAGUCAUUUCUGGGGGACAAAGAGCUCACUCAUGCUGUGUCGGGGCUGUCGGAUCGUUACAUGGAAGGGGGAGGGGGCAGGGAGGUGGAUUACGCAUCUUGCAAGCGCCUUGGGUCCAGUUAUAGAGCAUUGCCUAAAACAUACCAGCAGCCCAAAUGCAGUGGGCGCACCGCCCUUUGCAAAGAGGUAUUGAACGACACUUGGGUGUCAUUUCCCUCCUGGUCAGAGGAUUCCACCUUUGUUAGCUCGAAGAAAACUCCAUAUGAGGAACAGCUGCAUCGCUGUGAGGAUGAAAGAUUUGAGCUGGAUGUUGUUCUGGAGACAAAUUUGGCCACCAUCAGGGUGUUGGAGAGCGUACAGAAGAAGCUGUCUCGCCUGUCUCCAGAGGACCAGGAGAGAUUCAGAUUAGACGACUGCCUGGGCGGCACCUCAGAAGUCAUCCAGCGCCGUGCCGUAUAUCGUAUCUAUGGCGACAAAGCCCCCGAGAUCAUUGAGGGACUGAAGAGAAGUCCUGUCACCGCUGUGCCCGUGGUGCUGAAGAGAUUGAAAGCUAAGGAGGAGGAGUGGAGAGAGGCCCAGCAGGGUUUCAAUAAGAUUUGGAGGGAGCAGUAUGAGAAGGCCUACCUGAAAUCCCUCGACCACCAAGGGGUCAACUUCAAACAGAACGACAUGAAGGCCCUGCGGUCAAAGAGUCUUCUCAAUGAGAUUGAAAGCAUCUAUGAUGAGCGUCAGGAACAGAGCACAGAAGAAGGUGGGGUUGGUCAUCAAGGCCGUAAUGGUUCUGGCUCAGCUGCACCCAGUGAACCUCACAUGAUGUUUACAUACGAGGAUAAGCAGAUUCUUGAAGACGCUGCCUCCCUCAUCAUCUACCAUGUCAAACGUCAGCCCGCCAUCCACAAGGACGACAAGGACCACAUUAAGCGCAUUAUCAAGCACUUUGUUCCUGACCUGUUCUUUGCUCGACGCGGCGAGCUCAGUGAUGCAGAAGACUGGACAGAUGAGGAGGUGGAGCCUGAGGAAGCAGGAGAAAGAGGAGGAGGAACUUCAACAGGAGGAGGGGGAAAUGGUAACUCGAGUAAUGGAUCAGUAGGAGUAGCAGCCAUGGGAAGUCAGACUCAACCUCAGGUAGCUCAGACCCAGUCCCAGCCGCAGCAGCAACUCAAUGGUGAGUCCAGAAGGAGGCGCUGCAGCCUGUCGCAAUCCACAGAGACCGAACCCUGUUCCACCUCCAGCAGCACAAGCCAACCUGCAGGGACUAUUACAUCCACUCCUGGCCCUAUACCCAUGGAGAUGGGUUCAAGUGUGCCUGGGGAGAGAGUGGACCUUCGUGACCCUGAAGCAGAACACCAGAAGGAGCUGGAUGGAGUUUACAACCUUUUCUUUGUCAACAACAACUGGUAUUUCUUUUUGCGACUGCACCAGACUUUGUGUUCAAGAUUGCUGCGGGUUUACCGGCAGGCUGAACGUCAGCUGUUGGAGCACAGAGCGGAGCAGAGCCGAGAGAGGCUACUGAUGACGGAAGGAAGGAGAGAAAAGGCUUGUGACCUAGCCAUGGAGCUCCGCCUCAAAGAGCCCAGUGAGGUGGAAUUGGAGGAGUACUACCCAGCCUUCUUGGAUAUGGUGCGCAGUCUCCUGGAUGGUAACCUGGACUCAACGCAGUAUGAAGACACGUUGAGAGAGAUGUUCACCAUCCACGCCUACAUUGGCUUCACUAUCGACAAAGUCAUCCACAACAUCAUCCGGCAGCUACAGCACCUGGUGAGCGACGAGGUGUGUCUGCAGGUGGUUGAUCUUUACCUGGCUGAGAGGAAGCGUGGGGCAGCAGGUGGGAAUUUGUCCUCUCAGUGUGUUAGAGCAGCUUGGGAGACGAGCUAUCAGUGGAAAGCUGAGAGAAUCAUGGCUGAGGAGAACUGCUUCAAGGUGAUGUUUAUUCAAAACAAGGGUCAAGUGACGAUGACCAUUGAGCUGUUGGACACUGAAGAAGCUCAGGCAGAUGAUCCACUAGAUGUUCAGUGCCUGUCAAGCUACAUGGAGCAGUUUGUAGGAACAGAGUCCAGUCUGUGCUGUCAAGCAGAGGGCUACUUCUUCAAACCUGUUUUUCUGCCCAGGAACCUGCGCCGUUUCCGCCGCUGGCAGGUGCGGCAGGUUGAAGCGAUGCGCUGCAGGAGGGAGUGGCACCGCCAGCUGGCUGUGGAAAACGCCGGCAGUCUGGACUGCCGAUUUAAACUCAACACUCACAAGAUGGUGUUUGUCAUGAACUCUGAGGACUACAUGUACCGUCGAGGGGCGCUGGUCAAGGCCAGGAAGUCGCAGCACGGAGUGGCAGCGAGCCAACAUGAACACUUUGACAAGUGGCACCAGAGCUGGCUGUCCGAUCACGUCACGGCUUCAGCCGAACGCUCGGUGCACAACUGGCUAAUGGGCGAGGAGGAAGAGGACUUCAUCCCCUGCAAGACUAUCUGCCUGUCCACAGAGGUGAAAGGACAGAUGGUCAACAGAUACCAAGUUCAUUACAGCAGUAGCAAAGCCCCCUCCUCACCUUAAAUGGACCUUAAACACACUCUGACAGCUCAAUGCAUGGACUUCCAGGAUAUGUGCACACUAAACACAGACACCAACAGCUACAGUCAAGUUCCUCUGCCUUCAUCCACAAUGUGUUCACUCAUUCGCCUGCACUCGUGGAUGAAUAGACUGGCAGAAACCCAGCGAGUCGGUGAAUGAGUGCACGGCGUGCGGAGUGAAGAUGUGGAGACGAGGACCAACACACAGUGAAGUACUCGGUG